AUGGAGCCAGACGCGUCGCCUCAGGCCCGGCCGGGCCGGGGCGCCCGGGGGCAGGACGGCGGGGACCGGGCGGGGGACCCCCGGGGCCCUUCCCUGUCCGGGCGGCUCCGCGCCUCUCGGGGGCCCGCCCGCCCCGCACUGGAGCUCGCAGAGGGCGCGCGCACAGCCCCCCGAAGUCCCCCGGUUUCCUCAGCAAAUGGGGGCGUCUGGGGUCGCCGCUCAGGACCGACCCCCGGGCCCGGGCGGCCGCGGCCGGCGCAGCCCCCGCCGGCCACGGAGCGCGAGUGCCCGGCCCCGCCCGGCCGGCCCGGUUCGGGGCCCCGCGGCUCCGUCCUCACCGCGCCGCGCUCGGGGGUCGGGGGGCGACGGUGCGCGCGGCUGCCCCUCGCCCCCGGGGUGUCCGCCCCUGGGGAUGGGGCCUGGCGGCUGCUGCUGCUGCUGCUGCUGGGCGGCCGCGGGGUCUGGGCCGCGCGAGUGAACAAGCACAAGCCGUGGCUGGAGCCCACCUAUCACGGCAUCGUCACGGAGAACGACAACACGGUGCUGCUGGACCCGCCGCUCAUCGCCCUGGACAAGGACGCGCCCCUGCGCUUCGCAGAGAGUUUUGAGGUGACAGUCACCAAAGAAGGUGAGAUCUGCGGGUUUACAAUCCACGGGCAGAAUGUCCCCUUCGAGGCCGUGGUCGUGGACAAGUCCACUGGCGAGGGGAUCAUUCGCUCCAAAGAGAAGCUGGACUGCGAGCUGCAGAAGGACUACACCUUCACGCUGCAGGCCUACGACUGCGGGAAGGGCCCCGACGGUGCCAACACCAAGAAGUCUCACAAGGCCACCGUGCACAUCCAGGUGACCGACGUGAAUGAAUUCGCCCCGGUGUUCCGGGAGAAGUCCUACAAGGCGACGGCGGUGGCGGGGCGGCAGCACGACAGCCUCCUGAGGGUGGAGGCCGAGGACGCAGACUGCUCCCCACAGUUCAGCCAGAUCUGCAGCUACGAGAUCGUCACGCCCGACGUGCCCUUCUCCAUCGACAAGGACGGUUAUAUAAAGAACACAGAGAAGCUGAACUACGGGAAGGAGCACCAGUACAAGCUGAUGGUCACCGCCUACGACUGCGGGAAGAAGAGGGCCGCGGAGGACGUCCUGGUGAAGAUCAGCGUCAAGCCGGCCUGCACGCCCGGGUGGCAAGGAUGGAACAACAGGGUUGAGUACGAGCCGGGCACGGGCGCCCUGGCCCUCUUCCCCAGCAUCCACCUGGAGACGUGUGACGAGCCCGUGGCCUCGGUGCAGGCGACAGUGGAGCUGGAGACCGAGCACAUCGGGAAGGGCUGCGACCGCGACACCUACUCGGAGAAGUCCCUCCACCGGCUCUGCGGUGCUGCGUCUGGCACCGCCGAGCUGCUCCCCUCUCCCAGCGGCUCUUCCAACACGGUGGAAUCGGGCUGACCACGGCCAGAUAGCAACGGCCACGAUAGCGACCAGGUCUUCGAGUUCAACGGCACUCAGGCGGUGAGGGUUCCGGAUGGCGUGGUUUCUGUCAACCCUAAGGAGCCCUUCACGCUUUCUGUGUGGAUGAGGCACGGGCCGUUCAGCAGGAAGAAGGAGACAGUUCUCUGCAGUUCAGACAAGACAGAUAUGAACAGGCAUCACUAUUCUUUGUACAUCCACGGCUGCCGGCUUGUUUUCCUCCUCCGCCAGGAUCCUUCGGAGGAGAAGAAAUACAAGCCAGCGGAAUUCCACUGGAAGUUGAAUCAGGUGUGUGACGAGGAGUGGCAUCACUACGUGCUCAACGUGGAGCUCCCGAGCGUGACUCUGUACGUGGACGGCGCUGCUCACGAGCCCUUCUCCGUGACUGAAGACUACCCGCUUCACCCGUCCAGGAUAGACACUCAGCUCGUGGUGGGGGCUUGCUGGCAAGAGUAUUCAGGAGUUGAAAGUGACAAUGAGACCGAGCCCGCGCCUGUGGCCCCUGCAGGUGGGGACCUGCGCAUGACCCAGUUUUUCCGAGGGAACCUGGCUGGCCUGACGAUCCGUUCCGGGAAGCUGGCGGAUAAGAAGGUGAUCGACUGUCUGUACACCUGCAAAGAGGGGCUGGACCUGCAGCUCCCCGAGGACAGCGGCGGGGGCGUGAAGAUCCAGGCCAGCCCGGGUCAGUCGGUGCUGACCUUGGAAGGGGAGGAUGUUGGGGAGCUGGUCAAGGCCAUGCAGCACGUUUCCUACCUGAACUCACGCCAGUUCCCCACACCCGGGAUCCGGAGACUCAAAAUCACCAGCAGGGUCAAGUGCUUCAAUGAGGCCCCCUGCGCCGCAGUCUCCCCGCUGGACGGCUACGUGAUGGUUCUGCAGCCGGAGGAGCCCAAGAUCAGCCUGAGUGGCGUCCACCAUUUCGCUCGAGCGGCGUCUGAAUUUGAAAGUCCGGAGGGGGUUUUCCUCUUCCCUGAGCUCCGCAUCAUCAGCACCAUCACGAGGGAAGUGGAGCCCGAAGGCGAUGGGGACGAGGACCCCACAGUGCAAGAGUCGCUGGUGUCGGAGGAGAUCGUGCACGACCUGGACUCCUGCGAGGUCACAGUGGAGGGGGAGGAGCUGAACCCGGAGCAGGAGGGCCUGGAGGUGGACACGGGCCGCCUGCAGCAGAAGCGCAUCGAAGUGAGCAGCUCCGACCUGGGUGUGAUCUUCACAGGCGUGGACACCAUGGCCAGCUACGAGGAGGCCUUACACCUCCUGCGCUACCGGAACUGGCACACCAGGGCCUUGCUGGACCGGAAGUUCAAGCUCGUCUGCUCGGAGCUCAAUGGCCGCUACGUUAGCAACGAGUUCCAGGUGGAGGUGAACGUGAUCCACACCGCCAACCCCGUGGAGCAUGCCAACCACAUGGCCGCCCAGCCGCAGUUCGUGCACCCCGAGCACCGCUCCUUCGUCGACCUGUCGGGGCACAACCUGGCCAACCCGCACCCCUUUGCAGUCGUCCCCAGCACGGCCACCGUGGUGAUCGUGGUGUGCGUCAGCUUCCUGGUCUUCAUGAUCAUCCUGGGGGUGUUCCGGAUCCGGGCCGCGCACCAGCGCACCCUGCGGGACCAGGACGCCGGCAAGGAGAACGAGAUGGACUGGGACGACUCCGCCUUGACCAUCACCGUGAACCCCAUGGAGACGUACGAGGACCAGCACAGCAGCGAGGAGGAGGAGGAGGAGGAGCAGGAGAGCGAGGACGGCGAGGAGGAGGACGACAUCACCAGCGCCGAGUCGGAGAGCAGCGAGGAGGAGGAGGGCGAGCACGGGCGCCCGCAGAAGGGGGCCCGGCCGCAGCAGCUGGAAUGGGACGACUCCACCCUCAGCUACUGAGCCCCCCGCCGCCUGCGCCCCCCGCGUCCGAGGACUCCGGCGGCGCGUGUCCCGCCAGCCCCCAGGGUCCACGAUGUACAAAGUCCUUCCGGCCAGUAGGUCUGCAGACCCCUCCCCGCACCGCCCGCCCGCCCCUGCUCGUGUGCACCCCGCUCCGCCCCCACCGUUAAGUUAUGAGGAGCGCCCCCCCCCUCUGGUCACCCCGCUCCACGCAGGCCCCUCGCACCUCCAGGAAAGCUGCAAUGACUGGACCUGGUGACGAAGGGUCAGAAUGGCCACCUCCCCCCGCCCCGUUUUCUUUUUUUUUAAAGUUUUUAUUUUUUCCAAACUAGUGCAUGUACAAAACGGCAGAAUGGGGGUUAAUAUGUAGAUGAUAAACUGACUUUUUAAUAUUUUGUAAAUAAAUUGGGGUUCCUCGUGUCCUUCGUGCUAGUGUAAUCCAGGACUGGAAUCAAAGUGAAGUUGGCGACACUGAGGGCAGGAGAGACCCCAGGCCCCUGCUUCCCCACUCCACCCCGCUGCUCCCCCAAGGAGCAGGCCGGCCCCCUUGGCGCUCCCGGCCUCAGGCCACUGCCCCGGGUGUGACCAGGGCAGUCGGCGUAGGAGGGAACUGCAUCAGGGACCCCUCUUGGGGCCGAGCACAGCCAGGCUUUCUCUCGGGGUUCUGCCCUUGGCUGGCUGGGCGGCGGGAGGGAGCGCUGGGCUCCCUGGCCUCUCACGCUCCCGGGGGCUGCAGCCUCGGGGCCCGGGCCUGGGACGGCGUGUCCUUGCUGGCGAGAGGACACAGGAGGACACAGGAGCCCGCUGACUCGGCAGUGCAGGCAGCCCGGCCCUUGGUGGGGAGUCGGCGCGGCCCGAGUGACCCGCACAGACGCUGACAGCACGGUCAGCGCCCAAGGCCAAGCGCCCCCGGAGCCCCCGUGGGCCACACCGGCCACCUCGGGUCAAGCCACACCGGCGGGGGAGGGAAGGGCAGCCCGAGCAGAGCCCCCGCAGCACUCCUCAAUUCGUGUAAAAUUCUAGAUUUUCUAAAACGAAAGGGAGCCAUUUGGAUACUGUUCUGUGAUCAUAACUGCUAGUUCCGAGGCCGCCGCCGCCGGCUGUCCUGUGUGGUGUGUGGCGUCCUCGUGUCCUGUCCCUGUAGCUGCUGUGUAGACCGUGGGUAGAGGCUGGCGCGGGCCGGGCCUGGCGGGGCUGGGAGCACCGGCGUGUGCACAAUAAAGCUCUGGUUCUAACUCCACCGGGGUCUGUGCUGUUUUGUCUUGUUUU